GUGCUCCGCUCGGUCCGAGGCACAGCAGGUCAUCGUGAACGGUGAGAUGCUCCCUGGUGCGGGCAAGGGCAAGGGCCCGACAACGAGGGCAGCACGGUGCCCAAGAGCGUUCAUCGGGGCCUUGGAGAGGUUGGUCAUGGACGAGGACCUCCGCAAAGUACCUACGCGGGUUAGGACUGGCGGCGACGCUUGGACGCGCGCAGACUUGCGCGCGCGCAUGGUGCCAGAGCUGCCGCCUGCGGUGCCCCGUGAAUGUUGCAUGCUGGACCGAGCAUGGAUACAGACGGGCUUCGACGCGUGGAGUGAGAUCGCGGACUCCGAGAGAGCGGCGACAGCGGGCCGGGAGGUGCCCCCGAGGGUGCCGGAGCCCGCGGCGGGCGAAGAGGUCGAGCUUCUCAUCCCCGAGGAGGUCGCGCGGAUCUGGAUAGAGCGCCCGGAGCGGGCGAGGAUCCUUUCGACCGCGGCGGGGAUAGACAAGAACGCGCGCGACUACUUGGGCAGCGGGCGGCAGUUCGCGGUGGCGUUGCGUUCUGGGGAGGCUCGCGUGGAGCUGGGCGAGGCGGCGGCCUUCCCUGACCCGCCGAACUGGCCGGCCUCGAGGAAGGACUUCUCGCAGCAGAAUGCCGCGAACGUGGCAGCUGAGACCCGCGCAGCCCUCGAGGUUUGCGCGGGCGGGUUGGCCGCGGGUUCCGAAGACAACGAUGAGCGGCCGCGGGCGGCGGCAACCCCGGAGGCCGCCGUCGAAGGGCGCGAGAUGGUCGUCAGCGUCGCGCGGCCGAAGAAACGUGAGGUGGCCAGGCUCCGCAAUGUCGGGGGCCGCGGUUGGGCGCCUGGCGGGUCGCCGCUGAAUUCGCCGUGCUUCGACGGCGUGCCUG